AUGGCGAAAUGCAAAGAACAUCCUCUGGAUGUUGAAAUCAAUGAAAAAGACUUAAGCAUCGGCCUUACCACCCAUGGUCUUCUGGUUCUUAUCGCUGCUUUAUCGUGUCUCGUGGCAUGUCUGGUCUCGACUUACUUGAUAGUCAAGCAUGCACAAACCUUUACCAGGCCGUCGCAGCAGAGACAUAUCAUCUUCUACCGCCAACACAUUUACAUCGCCGCUACCUACGAGUUCUAUGAGUCUCUUGUUAUUGCUGCAUUUUUCCUACUUCUCUGUCAACUUUUGCACGUCAACACGGCUACUUUGCAGGCUGACCUUGCUGAGCUUCAGCCUAAGCCCUGGAUACCUCCCAUUCGUUUAGUGGCCUACUGUUUUGGUAAUAGGACAGGGAAGGCCCUCAACGGUCACAGAUGGUUCAACACCAUUUGUGUUGGUGUGUUGCAAUUUUGUGUUGUCAAAUUCUUUGGAGCAUUGGUUAAAUGCAUUACUGAGGCUGCUGGCGUGUAUUGCAAAGACUCCAACAGUGUCUCCCAUGCUAAGAUUUGGGUGAUGGAAGUUCAUUACCGAAUUGCUGAACAUCAACCCAUGCAGAAAUUUUUGGCUAUUAAAUUAGUCAUCAUGGUUUUCUAUAUCCAAUCAUUCGUAUUUGGCUUUAUCACCAAGCCCGGUGGGCCUGUGAAGCCUACCGGAUAUAUCUCAUAUCCAUCUUGGGCGGUUGGUAUCCCCAACACGCUUCUGUGUAUCGAGAUGGUAUUUGCGUCCAUUCUCCAUCUUUACGCUUUCCCGUAUCGUCCAUAUGAGAACGACCAGCCUUGUAACAGUGAGGGCUCAGAAGUGCUUGGACAAAGAUAUCAAUUGGAAGGUGGAUAUGGAGGUUUAAGUACUGCAGACUCUCACUACGACUCGAUUUGGUCUGAAGGCACCAAGCGGUCCGACAAGGCGCAGACAUCUGCCACGGGUGCGGUCUUGCAAGCACUCUGGUUUGGAGAAAUUUUACAAGGAAUCAGCCAAGCUGCGAAGUGGCUUUUUGUUAUGCGGAGGCGACAGCAUUAA